UCGGAAGCUCGACCCACUCUUCAUCCCCCGUCUCAAGUCUGAUCUCCACCCCGCUCAAGCUCCCGGGCCUUGAAGAGGCAUAAGACGGUCUCGAAAGGCCCAUCGAAGACCGCUCCUCCUACUCCCCCGCUUAUUAUCGAAGUCGAGGAACGUACGAAGGUGGUAGAGGCGAUGGAGGCAGCGACGGAGGCGCUAGCAGUGAAGACGGUAGCGAUGACCUCUGAGCAGCCUCGGGAGGUUCCCGAGCCAGAGCCGACUGAGGCACCUGUUGCUCAGGGGGCAAAGGAGAGGGUGCCACGCAGGGUGGGAGCAGCUGAGGAAGAGAGGUUGGCCUUUCGCCAGAAGGUUGAAGAGAUCCUUCCGUGGGCGAGUCGACAGAUGUUCGCGGGAGAGUUCUUCGGCCUUUUUGAGUUGUCUUCCAUGGACAACACGCUCGGUAGGAUCGAGACGCUGAUGCUCGAGUUCGCCCCUUGCAUGCUGAAGGCUCGCGUCGAGUUAUCUGUCUUAGCUAGGCGAGCCGGGGAUGCGGAAGCUAGGCUGUCAGAUGCUGAGGCUCGGUAGUUGGAGGCAGAGGCU